ACACUGUUUCCUCCUACCUUUUAGCCGACUUAUUUUGCAUCCGAUGCCAAGAAAACAGAAAUGCUGCGCCAGAAUCUGUUGGAUCAGCUCAAGCACUUUAUAGAAACAGUGAGCAAUGGCCACAGCAAUCCCCAGCUGCUCACCAAUCCCAGUCUCAUCAAGCUAGCGUUGGGCUUUCUGGAGGAGCUGCCUGCCACGCGGGACAUUGUAUUUGAGUACUUCGCCUUGCUAGCGGAGAUCAGCGUUCAGCUGUAUGUGUCGCCAGAGAUGGCGGAUCCGAAGACCGGGAUGCCGGUGUCGCAGGUGAAGCAGGCCGGGAACCGGCAGCAACAGGCGCGUGCUCCGGAUUACGAGAGCUUCAACAUCGUAAAGACGGCGCUGCAGAGCUUGGUGUGGAAGGGCCCACCGGCCUGGUCGCCGCUCAUUGCCAACUGGAGCCUGGAGCUGGUGGCAAAGCUCUCGGACAAGUACACCCAGCGACGUAUGACCAUCACGGCCAGCUGCAACUACUGGCUGGAGUGCAGCGCCAUGCACGGUCUGAUGACCCUCAUCAACAGUUGUUUCCGCAAGCUGACCCAGCCGGAGGAGGAGGCCUGUGUGGAAAUCAUGCUAAACGCCUUUCAUCGUUUCCCCAUGACCUUUGACUGGAUUGUGGCCAGGCUGGGCGGCUGCUUUCCCUACAAGAUCAUCAUGCAGAUCCUGCAGUGUGGCAUUAAGCGAUUCGUGGAUGAUUACCGGUGUCAUCUUGACUCUGAAGCGGGUAUCCUGGACUACAUGACCUCAUGCCACGAGCAGCACCUUAGGGCUGCCUUCCGAGAGAUGCUAAGGGAGGGAUUUGCGCCCAAGAAGUCACUUGAUGUGGCUGUAGUUCCGUUCCUGCUGAUCACCACCAACUAUUCGGAUGCGAUUCUCCAGAGCUUGGUCAAUGUUCUUGUGGAAAUUUACUCGGAGGACAUGAGCGAGGUAAUUGUGCAAAAGUCGCCGCUCUGGCUGAGCAACAAGAUGUUCGCCGACAUGCAGCCCACACUUAACAACGCCGUCCUAAGGCUGAACGAGCAUGGAGCCACGCUGCUUAUCACGGCCGCCAGGUUGGCCGAGAAAUUUACUUGGUGCCAGGAUUUUCUAGACAACUCCAUGCAAGAGCUGGAGCAGUGGGUGCUCAACCAGCGCAAUUUCCCGCUGCUGGCGGACCUGGCCUAUGAGGAAACCAAGUACAUGCUCUGGAAAAGCUGCCUCAGCACCAAUCUCUUUGAGCAGCAGACGGCAGUUCGAUUGCUGCUGGUGGUCUCCUCCCAGCAUCCUCACAUAUACUACCAAACCAUAUCGCAACUGCUAAGGAAAUCGUAUGCCCAGAAUCCCAAUGGUAUUGGUGCUCUUAUCCGUCUGCUGGGUGGCCAAAGUGGCAUGGUCAACUUUCCUGGAUUUACCCCAGGCUUCAAAAUGGUCCUGGAGGACAUUACUUUACAUGUGCAGGUUAACAGUCGCUUGCCAGUGCCACCGGGCACACCAACAGAGGCAUUCAACACGUUCUCCAACCUCAACAUACUGGCCAAGAUGCACAAGAGCAAGAAUGUGGCUCCCUAUAUCAAGGCGCAGCAACUUAAUCAGGCUCUCAAUGAAUGUCUGCCCAAAAUCAUUCAAAUCUUUGAUUGUACCGUCAAUAAAUUGGUUCUCAAAAUGGACAGGGAUGCGGCCGAGCAUAGUGCCCAGAAAUUUAAAGCGCAACAAUCAAACAAUAACAACAACAACAGCAAUGACAUGUGCAAUGGCAAGGAAUACGGCAAGCGACCAAAGCUGGAAGCAGGCGAGAGUAAGGUAGAGGAUGAGGACGCCACCCGUAUGCGUUUGGCUCAUCUAAUUGUGGAUUUACUAAACAACAUUGAGGCGGGCAGCCGCACGAAUGUGCUGCGGACUCCCAUGGUUCUAAAGCUAGCCGUCCUCAGUGUAAAGUACUUUUUUGUGGGGCUCACUGAGAGGACUGUAAUCCGCCGUGCUGCAGCCUCGCAUCGCUCUUAUAACCUGCUGCAGCGCCAGUGUUCUGCUCGUAAGAUUGCUCGAACUAUUUGCCUGCGUGAACUUGUGGAAGGUGCCCUCUUCUAUCACGGUCACCUGCUGGGCCAGCUUGAGGAAUACGAACUGGAUGAGUUGAAGAUACCAGAGCAAGAGCUGCUCAUCCUGCAAAACCUGCACACUAGCUCCGGCGCCAACUCCAAUCGAUCUGUGCUGCAUUCCGGUAUUAUUGGGCGUGGUUUAAGACCUGUCCUGCCCUCCAACGAGCGAAGCUGCGAUGCGGAAAAGCAGGCUCUAUAUCUAAAGGCAUUGAAUGCCUGCUGUGCGGAUUUGGAGAAGCCGAAUAACGUGGAGGGCUACUCGUUGGUCUCGCUGCUGCUGGUCGAGCUGGUCUCCACGGAUGUCAUGUACAAUGGUCUGCCCUUUCCGGACGAGGAGUUCACCAAGGUCACCAUGGAGCGGGACAUGCAAAUUCGGAGAGCGUUCAUCACCUCCCCCGUGCUGUGGGCGGUGUUGGGAUUGAUAGCAGCCCACAGGCCGGCCCUCUGCUACUCCUCAGUGCUGCUAAGGGCACUCUGCGCCACCUGUCUGCAUCACUGGCGGGGUAAAAAUGUGAAUAAAUACCAGCCCACAUCGGCCAACGAUGAACUGAUGCUCUGCACCAAGAAGAUGCUGCAGCUGCUGGCCAUGAGCCAACUAAUACCACCGCCACUGACCAACCUGCAUCUCAUUAUCGAUCACUUUGAGUCGGCAGAGAUUGCCCUACUGCUGCGCGAGUGCAUCUGGAACUACCUUAAGGAUCACGUGCCCUCGCCGGCUCUGUUCCAUGUGGACAACAAUGGCCUGCACUGGCGGAAUACAAACACGCCGAUGGCCAGAGUGCCGCCCCAGUAUGUGGACACGCUGCGUCACCUGAUGCAACGGAAACUGUCCACGCUGGGCCACCACUACCACCAGAUGUUUAUCAUGGGCGAGCUGAUGGCAGGGCAAUCCGAGCCGGAUCCCACGGCCCGGCUGGAGAUCGUGGAACUAGAUUAAGCCUCUGUAGUUAGCUAGCCUAAUGUGUGUAUGGAAGGGUGUGUGUGUGUGUGUGUGUGUGUGGAGCAAACUAAAUGCAAUGUUUGGUAAUUGAUCUUCAACGGAUUUCUUUUAUUUUCGUUUCAUUGGUUUUGUAAAAAUUAAAAUGUCAACCUAGGCCUUGCAAAUACUGUCCAGCAGUUAUUGUACCGUCGGCGCCUGAAAAUCGCAUCUCGUGUUUAUGUAGUUUAGAAUAUAACGAAGCCAACAACAAAUUU